GGAUGCUCCAGAGCGCCGAGCGCAGCUGGCCCAUUAGACCGAGGAUCUCCAGAGUCUGGAUCCUCUCUUCCGAACCACCGCACCCGCUUUCCGCGUUUCGGAGCGAUGCCCGUAAAUCCUGACAUUCUACUGGAUAUUUGCUCAAGCUGACUACGUUUUUGAACGGGAUUGCCUAGGCAUUCCAGGGUUUCGUCCAUUGCCUGUCCCGGUGAGCCGAGCGUUUACCGACCUGUUUGACUCUGAUUGACCUGCUGGCGACGUAUUCGCAAAGUAAAUAAGUACCCCGGGUUUCCCUUCUGGCUUGUGAUUGAGCACUUUUUCAAAAUUCUUGUUCUUUGAACUCGUGAUUGUAUUUCUUUUCGAGCGACAAAUCUCCCCUCCUCGUCGCGCUUUUUCUUCUCUUGCUUUGCAGACACUCUUGUCGCAUCGUCUAUACAUCGCUGCCCGACUAUAAUACCAUAUUCACCUUUUUAGGGUUCUCAUCGACCCCUCUCUGCUGCAUAUUAUAAACUUCCCUCUCUAAAAAUUACACUAUGGGUCUACACGAGGACGAGGACCGCAAGUAUGCGGAGGAUGUCCAGGCUGUCAAGAACUGGUGGAAGGACUCUCGGUGGCGCUUCACCAAGCGUCCCUUCACUGCCGAGCAGAUUGUCGCCAAGCGCGGUAAUCUGACUAUCGACUACCCCUCCGGUGUUCAGGCAAAGAAGCUGUGGGGUAUCUUGGAGAAGAACUGGCAGAACAAGGAGGCUAGCUACACCUAUGGCUGCCUCGAGCCUACGAUGAUCACCCAGAUGUGCAAGUUCCUGGAUACAAUCUACGUCUCCGGCUGGCAGAGCUCUUCCACGGCCUCGUCCACCGAUGAGCCGUCUCCCGAUCUUGCGGAUUACCCUAUGGACACUGUCCCCCGCAAGGUUAACCAGCUGUUCAUGGCCCAGCUUUUCCAUGACCGGAAACAGCGCGAGGAGCGCAUUACUACCCCCAAGGACCAGCGUUCCAAGGUCGCCAAUGUCGACUACCUCCGCCCCAUCAUUGCCGAUGCCGACACCGGUCACGGUGGUCUGACUGCCGUCAUGAAGCUCACCAAGCUGUUCGUCGAGCGUGGCGCAGCCGGUAUUCACAUCGAGGACCAGGCUCCGGGCACCAAGAAGUGCGGCCACAUGGCUGGCAAGGUCCUGGUCCCCAUCAGCGAGCACAUCAACCGCCUGGUUGCCAUCCGUGCCCAGGCCGAUAUCAUGGGCACCGAUCUCCUCGCCAUUGCCCGUACCGACUCCGAGGCCGCCACUCUCAUCUCCUCCUCCAUUGACCACCGUGACCACGCCUUCAUUGUCGGCUCUACCAACCCUAACCUCCAGGCCUUGAACGAUCUGAUGGUCGCUGCCGAACAGGCCGGCAAGAACGGCGCCGAGCUGCAGGCCAUUGAGGACCAGUGGACUGCCCAGGCUGGUCUCAAGCUCUUCAACGAGGCCGUUGUUGAUACUAUCAAUGCCGGCUCCCACUCUGAUAAGAAGGGUCUGAUUGAGAAGUACCUCAAGGCGGCCAAGGGCAAGGGCAACAAUGAGGCCCGCGCCAUUGCCAAGGAUAUCACCGGUGUUGACAUUUACUGGAACUGGGAUGCUCCCCGUACCCGUGAGGGUUACUAUCGCUACCAGGGUGGUACUCAGUGCGCCGUGAACCGUGCCAUCGCCUAUGCGCCCUUCGCCGAUCUGAUUUGGAUGGAGAGCAAGCUCCCCGACUACAAGCAGGCCAAGGAGUUUGCUGAUGGUGUUCACGCCGUCUGGCCCGAGCAGAAGCUCGCCUACAACCUCUCCCCCUCGUUCAACUGGAAGAAGGCCAUGCCCCGCGACGAGCAGGAGACCUACAUCAAGCGCCUGGGCCAGCUGGGUUACUGCUGGCAGUUCAUCACCCUGGCCGGUCUGCACACGACCGCGCUCAUCUCGCACCAGUUCGCCAAGGCCUAUGCGCAGAACGGUAUGCGUGCCUACGGCGAGUUGGUCCAGGAGCCCGAGAUGGAGCAGGGCGUCGACGUCGUCACUCACCAGAAGUGGAGUGGUGCCAACUACGUUGAUAACCUGCUCAAGAUGGUCUCUGGCGGUGUGAGCAGCACUGCUGCUAUGGGCAAGGGUGUGACUGAGGACCAGUUCAAGAACUGAGCAGAGGUAUGCUCCGUCAUGAGCGUUUAAGAGAAGUGAUGAAGAGUCGUUGUAUAUCUGUUGGGAUUCAUUGCGGCGUUUUCUAUUAACCUUUUUGUUCCUUUUUCUGUUUUCUUUCCAUCUCCGUGUCAUGUGUGAUAUAGUCUCGACUUGACCUGAUUCCCCAUCGGCAUACCCUUGGAGACGAGCCGAGUGUCAUUUUUUUGCAUAGUUUGAAAAAUUCAUGCAUGAGUAAUCUUGACCUAACCUCUUGACUUCACCAUACCUUAGGCAACUUAGAGCUAUUCAAUCAAUCUAGGC